AUGCCAAACUCUGGUGGGCAAUAUUACUGGACCAGUAUGCUGGCCCCGAAGAGGCUCAAACGAUUUUUCUCGUAUAUCACGGGCUGGUUCGGGUAUGCAGGAGCCAUCUUCGCAUGCGCUAGCGUGUGCCUAAGUCUUGGGCAGGGUGUAGUGGGCAUGUGGCAGCUUGGACACCCCGACUUUGUUCCCAAGGCGUGGCAUUCGGUGGUUUCAUAUCAAGUGAUCAACUUCUUCUGCUUCCUGUUCAACUGCUAUGGGAAACUGCUGCCUGGAGUCGCAAAGAUUACACUGUAUAUUUCACUUCUUUCCUUCGUGGUGAUUCUCAUCACGGCACCAGCUUGUGCCAACCCACACGCUAGUGGAACUUUCGUUUUUGCUCACUUUGUCAAUUCCACCGGAUGGAAAUCGGAUGGCAUUGCAUUCAUUGUCGGCUUGAUCAAUCCAAAUUGGAUUUUUGCUUGCCUGGAUUCAGCUACCCAUCUGGCAGAGGAGGUACCGCAGCCCGAGAGAAAUAUCCCCAUCGCCAUUUUGGCCACUGUUGGAAUCGGUGCCUUCACUUCAUGGUUCUAUUGUAUCGCCUUGUUCUUUUGCAUCAAGGAUAUGGACCAGCUGAUCAACACACCCACUGGUGUCCCUAUCCUGGAGCUUUACUACCAAGCACUGAGGAACAAGGCCGGUGCCAUUGUCCUUGAGACCCUGCUGGUAGUGACGGGUAUGGGAUGUCUGAUCGCCUGCCAUACAUGGCAAUCCCGUAUCUGCUGGUCUUUCGCCCGUGAUAAAGGUGUUCCAGGUCACCAGUGGCUGUCGCGCACCAGCAAAGUUAUUGAUGUCCCGAUUAUUGCUCAUGCGGUUAGCAGCAUCAUUGUUGGCCUUCUUGGUUUGCUUUACCUGGGCUCGUCCACUGCUUUCAAUAGUAUGGUCACGGCCUGUAUUACGCUAUUGUACCUGUCCUAUUCAUUUCCCAUCAUCUGCCUCUGGUAUCGUGGACGCAAAAAUUUCAAACAUGGUCCCUUCUGGCUAGGAAAGCUGGGUUUAGUUUGCAACAUAGUUACCUUGGCCUGGACGCUAUUCUCGCUGGUGAUGUAUUCUUUCCCGUCGACCAUGCCGGUGGCACCAGGAAAUAUGAACUAUGUUUGCGUGGUGUACGGUGUGGUGGUAGUGAUCGCCCUUGCGGACUGGUUUAUACGAGGAAGACGUGAAUUCCAGGGCUGCAAAGACGUGGAGGUCCCAUAUUAUAAAUAAAGCGCGUUCAGUUCGAUGCAUCUAGGGCUGCCAUAUCCGACGAGCUAGAAGCUGAUUGAUCCAGAACAUGUCGACAUGUCUGGAGAUGAUUCCUCUUCGAUGUAAAUAUAGAUAAAAAUACAAAAA